UAAAAGCGAGUAUUUCUUUUCCAGAUAAACAAAAGUCAAAAUCAAGUCAAUAAUAAUGGCUGGACGGAAGCUAAUGGCGGUUGCUUUUGUCUUGUUGGUGGUGGUGGUGGUAGCCGGAAAACCUGAAAACUAUGAUGAAGAAAUAUUGUUGAACAAUAAUAAUAAUAAUGAACUUGACGGCGGAUUUCCUUCUCUUGAUGGGAUGUUACACUGGGCUAUAGGUAAUUCGGAUCCCGAAAAAUUAGAAAUAGAAGCUAAAGAUAUUGAGAAGUUAUCAAUAGAUGAACUAAAAAGACGUCAAAUGGAACUUAAGGAACUGGUGGAGAAAUUAGAAAUGCCAUCAGACGCCAAAUUGAUGAAAAUUGCGAUUGAUGACUUGAGUAAUUCAUCUUUGAGUUUGGAAGACCAUCAACGUGCAUUAGAGGAACUUUUGAUACUUGUUGAGGCCAUCGAUAAUGCCAAUGACUUGCAUAAAAUGGGAGGUCUUUCUUUGGUUAUUGGAGCACUUAGUAACUCAGAUUCCAGAAUAAGGACGACUUCUGCAUGGAUUGUUGGUAAAGCCAGUCAAAACAAUCCUUUAGUUCAGAAUCAGGUCCUUGAACUGGGAGCAUUGCCGAAGCUAAUGAUGAUGGUGAAAUCUGGUAUCAUAGAGGAAGCCACAAAAGCACUGUAUGCCGUUUCCGCAGUUAUUAGAAACAACCAGAAUGGUGUUGCAUCCUUCUAUUCAGAAGGUGGAGAGUCAAUGUUCCAGAGCAUUUUGAGCAAUGCCACUGCUGAUGUUAGACUACAAAGGAGAUCAGUGUCACUUAUUGCUGAUCUUGCUGAAUAUCAGUUAGAAUACAGUAGCAAACUGGAGCUCCCUUUUCUCAGCAAUUGUGCACUAGUGAGGCCAGUGAUUGAUUUGACAGCAUCAGAUGAUCUAGAUCUCCAAGAGAAGGUACUUCUUGCUGUUAAGAACCUUUUGCUGUUGAAGUCAACUGAGCGUCUUGUUGAUGACGGAUUCUGUGGAUUAAAGGGGGCACUUGAAAGGAUGAGACAUCAAUUGCAGCAGUUAUCUCUGGAGGAAGAUCAUAGGGAGUAUGCAAUGGAUGUUGAAAGCCUUUGCAAGGAAGUGAGUUCGAUUUAUAAUGAAAAGCUUGACAAGGUGCUUCAGGUUUCGAUAUGAUUUUGCUUUACUGGACAUUGUAGUGACUAGAGUUUGUUGACACCUACAAUUAAUUUUGAUACGCCGCAGUUUUGUUUAAAGAGGACUUGAGGGCAGAGUAACUUUAAAGGCUAGUUAAUACUAAUGUAGUCAAAUGAAUUCAAACUCAAGAUUCUAAUAUGGGAUUCUGGUAUGUUUUGUAUUGGAAACUGUAUUUUAUGAUUGGUUUGUGGUUA